GCGAUCUCUCUGAAUACCUCAUUGGGAGGCCAGAGGUAAGGACGCCGGGGUCCUUCGGAUUUUCCAACAUGGCGGCGCCCAGUAAAAGUGUGAGCUGCGAGGAUUUCGCUGAGUUUCAGGAAAUUAUCCGGGUAAUGAGAAACAUUGAUGACAGAAUAGUCCAUGAGCUGAACACGACUAUCCCCACUGUGUCAUUUGCUGGGAAAAUCGAUGCCGGGGAAACCUGCAAACAGCUUUAUGAAUCUCUUCGAGAGGCUCACACAAGUCGAGAUAAAGCCAUAAAGGGCUGUAUAUCCCAGACCUCAGCCACUGUGAAUAAACUCCAGAGUGAAAGACUAAAUGACUCUGACAACAUAGCGAUACUUAAACAGCUCAGGAAGGAGCAAACACAGUUGAAACUUUUGCAAUCGGAGCUGAAUGUAGAAGAAGUAGUGAAUGAUAGAAGCUGGAAGAUCUUUAAUGAGCGCUGCAGACUGCACUACAAACCCCCUAAGGAGCCAUUAACUCAAGGACAUUAAAUCUGUGUAUACAGGACUGAACCUGAGCUCAAAGGGCCGCGGCUGCUAGAACUUUAUGGUGAAAGUAUCUCACCUGGGACGGAAUGAAGCCAUUUGUCCCCUUUUUGACUGUAGCUAAAACAUAAUUAUUUAAAGUCAACAAGCAAAUCAGUCUGUGAUUUCAGAACCUUAGCCUUUUGUAUGAAAUUGCUAAAAAAAAAUAUUUUAUAACCAUUAAAUGUCAUUUUCAGA